UCUACAUCGUGAAAUCCAACAUAGGUAAGCAGUAUAGGCCAUACCUAACAAAAUGCACGGGCGUUCGAGUGUUCCAGUACUUUUUGUAUUGCUGUUGGGAGUUUCCUCUCUGGCAUAUGCAGAUUGGUGCGAGGAAAAGUUUGCCGAUGUACCAAAAGAGAGUCCGGUAAUUCAAAUGUUGAUCACCGUGUGCCGAAUCGUCGACAUUAUAAAGAACUCACAAUCAAAUAAAACUGAAUCAGAUGAGCGCCUAUAUUUAGCUGUGCUCUUGCGGACUGACAAUUUGGUUUUUACUGAGGAAGUGACGGGACAAGGUGAUUUCAAUUCCACUGAACUUACCAGUCUUCCUGGGGGAAUCGCCGUUGACUUUGAUCCAGUUGAAGGCUUUAUGUAUUGUACAGAAAAGGGAAUUUAUAAAACACGACUUGAUGGUUCAGACUACUCUAUAGUGUUCAAUUCUACGGUAACCGGAGAAGGGUUAGCAAUAGAUUGGGUUGCGAGAAACAUUUACUGGACGGAAAAGGAUGCUAUCAAAGUAUCUAGAAUGGAUGGGAGCAGACAAAAAAAACUGCUAAUAAAUGAUACUUUAGAUGGAGUCAGACCCAUUGCAGUUGAUCCAUCAAGAGGGAAGAUAUAUUGGACUGAAUGGGGAGACAAUCCUAGAAUUGCGUCUGCAUGGAUGGACGGAUCUAAUGUAAAAACAUUAGUCAGCGAUGAUAUUCAAUGGCCAAACGGAAUGGCAAUAGACAUCAAAAGAAACAAAAUUUACUGGGGUGAUGCCUAUACUGACAAAAUAUACUCCAUUAAUACUGAUGGAACUGAAAGAAAAACCUUGUCUACGGGUGAUAAUCCUCACAUAUUUGGAAUGAGCUACCUAGACGAUUACAUAUAUUGGACGGAUUGGAAAACGAAUCAAAUUGAACGUUUUAAUGUAGCAGAAGACUCUAUUAAUAGCUACAUAGCGACUAUGCCUUCUGAUAUGCAGCCAUUUGGAAUUAAGGCUACCAAGUUAUAUCCCCCACCUGGCAUAACAAGUCCGUGUGGUCAGGAUAACGGGAGAUGUGCCCAUUUGUGUUUCAACACACCUGAGGGAAUUCGUUGCGGUUGUGAAGAUGGGUGGGAGCUAGAACAAGGAGGGAGCUGCGUCAAGGUCUAACUACUUUCAUCGUCACAUACUGCUGAAAAUUUAUUCUCCCUCAACGUUUGUCAAAUCAAUAUAUAUAUACUCAAGCAACAGUGUAAUUUGAAUUAUUUUCUUUUACAAAUCUGAAUGACAAUAUUGUAAACGUUAGAUAGCCUACUUAACGCAAAGUCAAAAUAUUUUACUCAGUAUAUGAUUUAACAUGUUCAUAAUUUUGCGUUUCAGUCAAUGCUCGUUGAAAAUUUUAAAAUGCGUGUUUGCUCAAUUUCAAUAUCCAAUAUAACAUAUAUAUGUUUUAGCAAUAUUUAAAUUUGCUGCAUAACUAAAAAAAUGCUUUUUGCAAACGCAUUAUUAUUAUUAUUAUAAAUAACUCGGUGUGAAGCAGGGGUCGGCAAUCUUUUGGUGCUCACGAGCCAAAAUUAAUAGUUGCAAGUCAUUGGCGGGCCGCACAUAAUUUUAGAAAGUUCAAAACCGAUAGCCGAUGAAUCACAAUUUUUUCACACAGAUCAGAAGUUAAAUUUUGAGCAGCGCGCGAAGAUUGCGUCAACUCGUGAACUCGACUUGGUCGUCUUACUUGAGGAAAAAAAUUUACAAAUGACAUUUAAUGUGACACUUUUUGUUGCAUCACGCUUUUUCAAAUGGAACACUGAAUGAGGCCACGAUUAAAACAUUUCAUAAAUCGGAAUAAAUAAUCCGUUCUCAGCUUGUUUCUUCCUAAUGUUCAUUUUCGAAAAUAAUUGUUCGCAUGCAUAUAUAUAUGUACUUCAAAACAUCGAUGUGAAUUUUUUUGCAUGGUUUGUCAAAUUUGGAUGGAGUUUUCUAUGAAGAAGAUGCUUUCAAUAAUAAAUGUCAAGCAGUGAUA